CAUAAUCCAUUUAAUGAUGGUUGGAAACUCUCCUUGUGCUUCUUGCAAACUUCUUCGCCGACGAUGUGCCAAAGACUGCAUCUUCGCUCCUUUCUUCCCUUCCGGUGAUCCUCAAAAGUUCGCCAUUGUCCACAAAAUCUUCGGCGCAAGCAAUGUUAGCAAAAUGUUACAGGAGUUACCUAUUAAUCAAAGAGCAGAUGCGGUGAGUAGUUUGGUGUACGAGGCGAAUGCGAGAAUGAGAGAUCCCGUCUAUGGUUGCGUCGGAGCGAUUUCAUAUCUCCAAAAUCAAGUUUCACAACUUCAAAUGCAGCUUGCUGUUGCUCAAGCUGAGAUCUUAUGCAUGCAAAUGCAACAAGAGACCUCUUUGAUCAAUCAACAUGUUUUAGAAUCAAAUAGCAACAAGUCCUUCCUUUCAAGCAUUAAUCCUCAACUCAUUAUGAACUUCUCCACAUCUACCAAUCUAGUUGAAGAGCCUCUCAAGCAAGAGUCCCUUUGGACAUAG